UGACAUUAAAUAUGAAUGUCUUCCGUUGUUUCUCCCAUCAGUAUAAUAAUAACCCCCUGUCUGCCUCUCAGGUAUGUGACUCACCUGAUGAAACGCAUCCAGCGCGGUCCAGUCCGAGGAAUCUCCAUCAAGCUGCAGGAGGAGGAGAGAGAGAGGAGAGACAACUACGUCCCAGAGAUUUCUGCUCUGGACCACGAGCUCAUCGAGGUGGAUCCUGACACAAAGGACAUGCUCAAGAUGCUGGAUUUCGGUGGCCUCUCCAACCUUCAAGUCACUCAGCCAACUAUUGGAAUGAACUUCAAAACUCCACGAGGAAUGUAAUCAUGUUGAAUAAACCUUGUGAUAAAUAGA